AGAACGUACGAAGCACAAAGCAGCGAUGCCCAUUCCUAGAUUCUACUCCGUAAGUCCUAAUGCUCAGAAGUCAGAACAGUCUUGAUCUUCACCAAAUUGUAUGGUACAACCUUCCUCCGUUCUGUUGAUGUUUUAAUACCUGUCUUCCCAAUUUCUCCAACAGUUCCUCGGUUUUAUUUUCUUUGGUUCCCUUCGAGGUUUGGACCUAUUUCACCAAGGCUCUGGUUCAUGUAUCUUUUCUUCAUACUGCUUAAAUUCUUCGAGUGAGAAGAAAGCGUAGGACAGAAGAAUUCAAAAAAACGGUGAUAGGUUUCCGAUAAAUGAAGUCUAUAUUUGGGCAGCUUAAGGCGGAGGGAUUAGCUUCCCCGACAACUCCUCUGCGGCCAUUUCUCUUCCAUGUCCAUCCCUUGCCAAGUGACCCGCGCGCACUCCGGUUUCACGUCACUGACCUCCAUUCCAGCACAUGGGAAGCUCUCAAGACCGAGCAAGACCUCGAAGACAUGAGGGACAUUACAGGUAUAGGAGGCUCAUUGUCUGAUUUAGUAGAUUAUGUUCUAGCCUCGUUAGAAUCGGAGGAUGUAAAGCUUGUUCUGGAUGGAAACUCCUUAGAUGCUGUUGGUGCAAAAUUAAUUGCUCAGAAAGCAAAGGGAAUGCCCCGAAUCAGUAUAUCACUCAGUAAACUGGUUGGUGCUGCUGCAAGUGAGGCUAUGGCUAGUCUUUCCUUAGAACUUUAUAAAUCGUUCAAGAGUGUGCAGAAUGUACUCAUAAGUGAGCAAGAACGGUGUUGUGACUUGAAUAAAGCAUUAUCAGUAGAGAAGGAAAAGAAUGAGUCUCUCCAGAAGCAACUGGGUGAAUUUAUGUACUUAAAAAGGCAGAAGUUGAAUAAGGCAUCUGACAAAUCAUUAUCAGAUUCUGCAUCUAUUAUGGGCUCACAUCAUUCUCCAGAUAGUAAAAGAGGACAACAGCCUUCCACAAAAGUCAUUAAACGUGUUGUGCCCACUCAUCGCAGAACCAAAGUCAGAGGAGUUAUUUUGCAGGACGCUGAAGAGGGUGCACAAAAUUAGGAAGGAUUUAUCAUUUAUUUGCAUGAUUUAUCAUAUAUUAUAUAGCAUUUACCUUGUCUUUUCACAGAGCUGGGGGAAACAUAUUAGCGAAUAAGUGAAGACACUGUUACUUCAAAUCUGUCUUGAAACAGUUUGCUGAGUAGAUAAGUGAGUUUUUUGGGC